UUUAUAAUCAUAAUCCAUUCACAAAGUGAGAGUGUGUGUACAAAUCAUAAUUGCCCCAUUAUUUAAAGGCGAUUCAGUGACUCGAAUUCCGUCAUUAUUAUUCUGACCUCUUAAAGAAGCAAAACAAGAUGAACGGGAUAAAGCCGUUGCUAACCUUGGUAAUAUUCAUAGCUGUCCUUGAAAUAGGCAACUGCGCUGAUGAUGAUAGUUGUAGCGAUUGCUCACUUACCGGCCUUGUCUAUGCUUGCGUGGAUGAGUUCACUUAUGGAGUCUGCUAUGGCACGUUUGUCGUUGAUCCCGAUUCUAUAAAAGCAUGUCCUGAUGGCUAUUAUUGUAGUGUAGAGGAUGGGGUCUUCUGUUCAGCUAAGGACGACUGUAUGUAUGUUUGUUGAAAUCGUCAACAGAGUUUUCUACGCCUCAAUCAACUGAGUCUUCUACGCCUCAGUCUACAGAGUCGUCUACUCCACAAUC